UGCUCUGCCUAAUGACAUCAUUGUGAAACAUUUCAAUUAGCAUUUCACUUCUUUCUUAUGAACAUUUUAUCAACUCGUCUUUGAGAUAUUAGGCUACUAGAGUUCUUACUUUGCGUUUUGGUGUACUGAAAAAUACUCUGUCUGUCUUUUUACUUUUUUCUGACAUGUUUCUACCUGGCUGGCUGGCCGGUCUAGCUGCACACACACAUUUACACAACACAUGCUGCAACGUUUUGAAAUUUUAACAUAGUUUGUUUCAUAUUGGCAGGCUUCCAACAAUAGCUGAAUUUGCAAAGCUAGCAAACACCAAUUCCGCCUCUGUGGUGUUUGCUAUAAUCUUUGCUACCUGGUUAAAUAAAGGUGGGAAGAAAAAAAAAAUUCACUAGCGACAAUUUAGCUUUUGCAACGAGACCAUUAAAUAUAUUUAAGACAAUGGUAUAAGAGUGUAGUUCUGUUCAGUUUGGACUUCAGUUUAUCGCUAACCUUAUCACAGGGACUUUGAAGCACUACAGCUGCAUGCUAAUCUUAGAAUAAACUGACGAUAGCAAAUAUUCCAUCUUUGACGACGCCACAUAAAUGGAAUAGGUACUAGCUAGCUUGAUAGUUAAUGUUUGCUUUAGUUUGCGCGCUAGCUCUGCAAAUUCAGCUAGUGUGUGAACCCUGCAACAUUAAAAAAAUAUAUACAUUGCUAUGGCGCGAUUGACUGGAUUACCUCACGUCAGUUACGUACAUUGAGUGCCUUUCGGACAGUAGACACGAACCCUCUAUUACCUUGCAAGCUAAAGAACUGGCAGUGGAUCAAAUCAUUGUGAGGCAAAGGGCGGGGGGGGUAGCAAUCUUGUGAAACUUAAAAACGCGCUAUUAAGUGUCUAUAAUCAGCACAAGUGCUUUCAUUGCGUAUUAUUAAUAUUAUUGAAAUUACAUAGUUAUGUUUACAGUGAUAUAUUGGGGAGGACAAAUCAUAUUUUUCCCAGGAUGGGGUGGUCGUGUACCCCCCGUCCCCCCUGCGAUUUCCGCCUAUGCUUUUAAUUCACGCUUUGUUUUACCCACAUUGUUACCGCAAGGACAAGUUAUGAGAUAAAUAACUGUCUUAGUGGAGCACGUAAUAAUACCUUUGAUUGGGAUCGAUUUCCCUGUUUGUGGGUGUUUGAAUGAUCUGCAUUUAUAUGUGCCAUUGCAUUGAGCACAGCCAUUACACUUAUAAUUUCCAUCCAGUAGGGGCGCAAAUAGACGUUGUUCAGGAACAUCUUGGGGUGGCAAAACGGUGUACCAAUUGGUCUCUGAGAUUUCUGCCCCGCGAAAACACGACCAAGGGAAGGUCUGAAAACACAUUACCGAGACUAUCAUCGGAUUUUAGAAUGUGCCAAUGUUUGUGAACGAUUCCCUUAAUUUGUUCAGAGCGCUUUGAAUAGCGGGUAGUUAGAAUACAAGAAUGCGUCAUUUUGCGAGACUGCCCUUGAAAAAGGUCAUGUUUUGUUUUGAAUUUUCUCAAUGGCAAUAUUAAUCUGAUCAUUUUUGUACCCCCUCUCCUUGAAUUUUCUUUGCGACUCAGCCAUAUUUCUGUCGAAAUCUGAUUGUUUUUUGCAAAUUCUUUUGAUUCGACAGAAUUGACUGUAGGGCAAACUAUUUUUCAAGGGAAGUGGGUGACAACUAUCAGCCCUCAACAAACUGUUACGAUCAGUAGGUUUCCUGUAAAGAUCAGUGUCUAGAACAUUAUCUUCACACAAGAUCAGAAGAUCAAGAAAACUGAUUUGACGUGUAUCAGAUUGCAUAGUAAAUCUCAGGUGCUCAGAACAGGAGUUAAGAAAAGCAUGGAAUGCCUGGAGCUGUUUUGCAUCACUCCUCCAUAGAACAAAAAUAUAAUCAAUAUACCGUUUCCAAAUAAUGAUGUUAGGCAAGAAAACAUUUUUGAGAGGAUUGAAAAUAGACUGUUUCUCCAUGUAACCUACAUACAAAUUAGCAUAGUUAGGAGCCAUGGGGGAUCCCAUAGCAGUACCCUUCGUCUGAAUAAAGAAAUCAUUUAGAAACAUGAAAUAGUUGUGUGUAAGUACUAUUUCAGCCAAUGUUAUAAUGCAUUCACUGGAAGGUAGUUUAUUAGGGUCACGUUGCAGAAGAAAAUGUUCCAUAGCUUCAAUACCGCCCUCGUGAGGAAUAUUUGUGUAUAACGACUCAACAUCAAAAGUAACUAACAAGGUAUUCUCAGGGAGAGGAUCAAGAGAUUCUAUGAUAGAGAUCAUACUGCUGGUGUCCUUUACAAAGGAGGGGAGCUGUUAUGCGAGUGGUCUAAUAAAAAAAGUCAACAAAAGUAGAUAGAGGGGCCGUUACUGCAUCAAUGCCCGCUACAAUAGGGCGCCCUGGAGGUUUUGUAACAUUCUUGUGUAAUUUCGGCAAAGUAUAGAAAGUGGCAAUUUUAGGGUGUUGAAUAGCCAAAAAGUCAUGUUCUUUUUUGGUUAUCUGGCCACAACCUAAAUAUCCAUCUAGGACCGUUAAGAUAGUAUUCUGAAAUUGAGAAGUGGGGUCACUUCUGAGUUUCUUGUAAAAGGUGUUGUCAAGCAGCUGUCUAUGACACUCAUUUACAUAAGCUGUCCUAUCCAUAAGUUUAUAUUUAUUGUAUGCUGCUAUUUCUAUGCCAUUUUAAUAUUUGAGAAAUUAACCAAUGAUAUUAGGCCACUCGUGGCCAUGAUUACAGACACCUGUGUAUCUUGACACUAUAUAUAAACGAGUCCUCCCGCAGUGUCUGUGAUUGUACCCUGAUGAAGACAGCUUGCCUGUCGAAACGUUGGUAAAUUAAAUAUUUUUGCAUCUGAGCUCCUAGAGUGUGCGGCUCUCCUUUAUUUUUAAGACUCAAUAUUGAUGUCAGACUGCUGAAGGAACAAGGACCGCCAAGGACAGUGUUGCCGUUUUUAUCGUGUGAAAAUUGGACUUCCUGGUGUUUUUAGAACACUGGUGUUGUGAGAUUAGGAUGUCUAAGAAAUUUGUAGCCGAAAUACUGCUGAGAUAUGUAUCCAAUGACGAUGAUUAGAAGUAUGAUUCAUGAUCUGUUUAAUACAUUGAUGUAAUGUCUCUUCAGGGUCACUGACUGUCGGGCAGGUUUAUUAUGGGUUUAUGGUAUCUAAUCACAUGUUCUGUGCACUUGGAUGAUUUGUAUGUAUAGUCUAUAAAAUCCCAAAGGAACUAGGCACGGAAGGAUGAAACGACGAACAGAUGAGGAAGAGUAUAUAUACCCGCUUUACGUCUAGAGGGAGAGGAUUAUUACGAUACUUGUAGAAGUGUCGUUUUGGUCUCCCUGUGCACAGUUGUUUGUAAUAAAAGUCGUAGAAACGGGUCGCAUUGUCUUUUGCAUCCAGCAGUUCUCCCCAUUGACCAGUUUUAAAUUCGGAACAAUAUCAGGUGGUGAGGAUUCUGACACCCAACAGAUUCCCUGCUAUCGGCAAAAUGAUUAUCUUCAGGAUUAGAAAAGUCUGUCGUGUCAUCGUUCUAUUCUGCAUCACUACUAUCGUUGUGUUUUAUACUGGACAGCUAUCCUCCAACUCGCUUGUGGAUUUAGUUAAAAAUGCUUUUCGGCCUCUGGACAGGAUCCUCUCUCCAAGAUAUUGCGCAUGUCUCAAAUGUAUGACACAGCCAGACGACGACCUCUGGUUUCAGAAGCGUUUCAACACAUCUUUGAAACCAUUUCUGACCAGAAAGUACAGGACACUCUCCAACGAUACAAGAAUGUGGUGGCAGAAAUUGCAGAAAGACCGUAACAAAGCCAACUUUAGCGAGGUGGUGGAGAAGUUGUUCCAGGUCAUCCCUGAUGCUGACCUUUACAUGGACGCGGGCCCUGAGCGCUGUAGGACCUGUGCUGUGGUGGGGAACUCUGGGAACCUCAAGGGCUCCCACUACGGAGCCCUGAUCGACACCAGUGAUGUCAUCAUAAGAAUGAACAAGGCUCGUACCUCUGGCUAUGAGCGGGAUGUUGGCAGCCGCACCACACAUCACAUCAUAUACCCAGAGAGUGCCAUAGAUCUGGACAACACCACUAGUCUAGUGUUUUUCCCUUUCAAGACUCUGGACCUUCAGUGGCUACCCGGUGCCAUUACCAAUGGAUCUCACAUCACUUUCUCAUAUUUACGUCUUAGACCGAAGAUAAAGGCCAACAAAGAUUUGGUAUUGGUUCUGAAUCCUGUGUUCAUGAAAUAUGUUCAUGAAGUCUGGCUUGACUAUUACGGCAAAUACCCCUCCACCGGAUUCAUGGCUUUGAUAUUAGCCCUACACAUUUGUGACGAGGUGAAUGUGUAUGGAUUUGGGAAAGACAGAAAUGGGAACUGGCACCACUACUGGGAAACACUAACCAAUAAAAACCACAAGACUGGACCACACCCUGGAGACUAUGAGUACAAUGUCACUAGAAAGCUCUCGGAAAUACACAAACUUGAGAUAUAUAAGGGAUGGUGAUAAUCAUUCAUCCAGAUUAUUAACGGGAUUUGCUUCAGAAGUCCCAUUUUUUUUAUAUUGAACAAUUUAUUUCUGACUUUUUAGUCUGUCGAGCACUACAUUACAUCUUAGAAACACCAUUCACACUUUUAAAACGUGUAGAUCGGUCUGGAUGAACUUGCUUUUGAUAACAUUUAUACUUUAAAUUUUUUUGACAUUUAAAAAAAACAAUUCUACUUUUUGGGGGAUUUCUUCAAAAUUCCAAAGCUACCAUUGUUAAAAACUCCCAUGACUUCUAACAUUCUAAUCACAAUAAUGUCACACAAAUCAGCUAAAUUGAGAGCUUUACCAACAAGUUAGAUAAAAAUUUAGGCUGCUUCGCUGCUAUUCAAAUCAGGAAUCAGAUUUGAAAUAUCUUCCACCAAUCAUACUAUACAGCUCUUUUAAGCCCGGUUCAGAUACAACAGCCAAAAUAAGGAAAGACGAGAAGAGACGAAACUAGCCAAUUGUGGAAUUUUGUGUUGUGGGUACAAAAUGGUUUUGUUACAGACUAAUGCUAUGUAAAAGUUUGAGUUGAAUAGUAUCACGAUCUAUCACAAGGAUGACGCUGGAGAGACGAAGCAGGCACGGGGAGUAACAUUUAAUAAAUAACGGACAUGGAACGAGACAUAAACAGCUUAGCAAACAGAAAAACAAUCAAUGCAGAAGCGGGGAACGGAGCUGGGGAACUGACACAUAUAGGGGAGAAAAUGAACAGGUGAUAAGAGAGUCCAGGUGAGUCCAAUAACGCUGAUGCUCGUGACGAGGAAAGGCAGGUGUACGUGAUGGAUGGCAGGAGUGAGUGAUGCAAGGCAUUCUGGCGCCCUCAAGCGCCAGGGGGAGGGGAAGAGCGGGAGCAGACGUGACAAAUAGUACUAGUCACUGGUCAUUUUCCCCACCUGUCCAGUAACCUCUUUACAUACCACACAGAGGAGUGAUUUAUUAAUUGCUCAUUAUCUUUCGGGCACUAAAGCCUAGCCGGGUGGAAACAUAGUUUCCUCUGGUUAGGCUUUAAAGAUCCCAUGUCUCCUCUAUUUUAGACAUACAGUGCAUUCAGAAAUUAUUCAGACCCCUUGACUUUUUCCACAUUUUGUUAUGUUAGUCUUAUUCUAAAAUGGAUUAAAUCGUUUUUUCCCCCUCACCAAUCUACACACAAUACCCUAAAAUGACAAAGCAAAAACAGGUUUUUAGAAAUUUAAAAACUGAAAUAUCACAUGUACAGAAGUAUUCAGACCCUUUACUCAGUACUUUGUUGAAGCACCUUUGACAGUGAUUACAGCUUCGCGUCUUCUUGGGUAUGACUUUAUAAGCUUGACACACCUGUAUUUGGGGAGUUUCUCCCAUUCUUCUCUGCAUAUCCUCUCAAGCUCUGCCAGGUUGGAUGGGGAGUAUCGCUGCACAGCUAUUUUCAGGUCUCUCCAGAGAUGUUAGAUCGGCUUCAAGUCCGGGCUCUGGCUGGGCCACUCAAGGACAUUCAGAGACUUGUCCCAAAAUCACUCCUGCGUUGUCUUGGCUAUGUGCUUAGGGUCGUUGUCCUGUUGGAAGGUGAACCUUCAACCCAGUCUGAGGAGCAGGUUAUCAUCAAGGAUCUCUGUACUUUGCUCCGUUAAUCUUUCUCUCAAUCCUAGCUCGUCUCCAAGUCCCCACAUCUUGAUGCUACCACCACCAUGCUUCACCGUAGGGAUGGUUCCAGGUUUCCUCCAGACGUGACACUUGGCAUUCAGUCUAAAGAGUUCAAUCUUGGUCUCAUCAGACCAGAGAAUCUCGUUUCUCAUGGUCUGAGAGUCCUUUAGGUGCCUUUUGGCAAACUCCAAGCGGGCUGUCUAGGGCCUUUUUCUGAGGAGUGGCUUCCAUCUGGCCUCUCUACCAUAAAGGCCUGAUUGGUGGAGUGCUGCAGAGAUGGUUGUCCUUCUAGAAGGUUCUCCCAUCUCCACAGAGGUUACCUCCCUGACCAAGGCCAUUCACCCCCGAUUUCUCAGUUUGGCCGGGCGGCCAGCUCUAGGUAGAAACUUUGUGGUUCCUAUCUUCUUCCAUUUAAGAAUGAUGGAGGCCACUGUGUUCUUGGGGACCUUCAAUGAUGCAGACAUUUUUUGUACCCUUCCCCAGAUCUGUCUCGGAGCUCUACGGACAAUUCCUUCGACCUCAUGGCUUGGUUUUUGCUUUGACAUGCACUGUCAACUGUGGGACCUUAUAUAGACAGGUGUGUAACUUUCCAAAAUCAUGCCCAAUCAAUUGAAUUUACCACAGGUGGACUCCAAUCAAGUUGUAGAAACAUCUCAAGGAUGAUAAAUGGAAACAGGAUGCACCGGAGCUCAAUUUCAAGUCUCAUAGCAAAAGGUCUGAAUACUUAUGUAAAUAAGGUAGUUCUGUUUUCAAUUUGCCAAAAUGUCUAAAAACCUGUUUUCACUUUGUCAUUAUGGGAUAUUGAGUGUAGAUUGAUUAGGGAAGACAUUAGGUCUGAAUACUUUCAGAAUGCACUGUAUAGUCUGUGAGAAUUGGUUAGAACCUGUUCUCAUUUGUAUUAUUUUUCUAAGGAAAUGGAGACAAUUAUCUUCAUCUCUUUUGUAAGUUUGCCUCCCCCUUGGAGGGGUAAGCAGCUCUUUGUGUAGAUUACAUAUAUAAAAGGACUGUGUGAUUGUAAAAUCUUUGAGACCCUCUCCGGUAUGUCCUGAGAGAGCCUGUCCGGUAUGUCCUGAGAGUUCCUUGCUGGUAUGUCCUAAGAGGUCCUUUCUGGUAUGUCCUGAGAGUUCCUUUCUGGUAUGUCCUGAGAGUUCCUUUCUGGUAUGUCCUGAGAGUUCCUGUCCGGUAUGUCCUGAGAGUUCCUUUUCGGUAUAUUAUGGUGGAAAUUGCAAGAUAUGUUAUAAUAUGGUCCCGUGUGGCUCAGUUGGUAGAGCAUGGCGCUUGCAACGCCAGGGUUGUGGGUUCAUUCCCCACGGGGGGACCAGGGUUCAAUUCCCACGGGGGGACCAGGAUGAAUAUGUAUGAACUUUCCAAUUUGUAAGUCGCUCUGGAUAAGAGCGUCUGCUAAAUGACUUAAAUGUAAUGUAAUAAUAAUUUUAUUGCAUCAAAUAGUUGUUUUAUGCAACAGAAUAUGGGCUUGUUAGAACGCUCAUCUGUGUGUGUUCUACUGAGGAUGGGCCUCUGGGAGAUAACACUGACAGGAGAUUUACAAUGUCUUUUGGGUGAUAAAACGUAAAGAGACCGCAUUCCAGAGCAUGAGUUAAUGUUUCUGUUCUAUAUGGUACCAGGGAGAGAUGAUCCCAGGGCCAGACCUUGGUCUCUACACAAAGAUAACUGUUUUUACAGCAGAUACUGUCUGCUGUGAAUUAUAAGUAUCUUUCAUACAAAUCUUAACAUUGUGACCCAUUCUAUACAUCUGUUGUUUGUCAUGUAGGUUGAAAGGGGUGUAUCUUGGCUAUAAAAUACCUUUGUACUUUAAUCUCUGGGCUCUCAACGAAUCAUCUGAGGGUGAUUCGUCAACCAGCCAUCGUUAUCGUAGCGCACUCAAUCGAUUCACUUUAUAUCUGUGCGUUGUAUUGACCUGCUCCCUUAUUAUUAAGUAAAUAAAUAUUUAGUUUAAGUAUAACUCUGACUUGUGUGAUAAGUUUGUCUCUCCUCAUUUGAUAGUAAAGAAAUGACCGACCACAAUAUCAUGAGAAUUCCUUUCCUGAGAGUUAACUCUCCGGGUUCAUCCUGAGAGAGUGAUCUUCCUUGCAAUUGCUCAAAUAAACUUCUUAUUUCUUAUAAAUGAGUUCUGCCUGAUUCCUCAAACAAGUUUUCCUCAACAGUGUUGUAGAACAGCUGACUAAAGACGGGGCAUUCAGAUCAAAAGGAUGGCCGAGACCGUUUCCACGUUAAUGGUGCAUCUUUACAGUUAAGUGAAGGAAACUUUGAAACAAAGUUUAUCAAGCAAGUGUCAUAAAAUACAUGCACCAAAAACAGGGCACACCAUGUGACUUGUCAGAUAAAUAUCAGCAAGCUAGGAUAACUAAAUGCAACACAAAUGGCUAGCUAUGUAUCUGUUUGGCAAGCUAGCUAGCGGCUUGGCUUAAGACAGAACGUCACCCUGUGGAGAUUGGGCCUGGGUGAUCAGGUUACUGUAAACUUAGUAUCGUUUGAUUGGUCAAUGGUGGUUGGUUUUGGUUUGAAAAUGUUACACUUUCAGAUGUUAUAAAUGGAAUGAAGGUCUGUUGUUCUCUAUCUUAUCCUGUAUGACAUUUUCUUAUUGUCUAGGCAUCUGACCUAGUAGGCAUCUCUUUGUUCAUGCUUUGUCUUGUAAAUUUACCUUGGGAUUUAUCCCCUCAAAUUGUGUUUUAUUAAUGUCAGUAUUGCCUUGUAACUUAAGCUUUAUACCUUGUAUGGGAAUCCAUUAAUUUGACAAAGUUAUUAAAUAACACUUGUUUUGAAA